ACCAUGGUCCACAUCAAGGAGACUUCAAGUCCCUACCCCCGUAUUGACUCUGACCCGCACUUCUCUAGGGUCGUCAGGUAUUUCAGGCCCUCUGACUAUGCUGUCUGGGCUGGAACUACCGCUGCUGUCCCUGCAGCUCUCUAUGCUUGGGAGAUGGCAGACCCAACCAAGGUCUCCAUGAGGACCUCCAUGCGCCUCGGUGGAUUGGUCGGUUUCAUCGGCGGUUUCCUCUUUGCCUACCAACGAAGCAGCGUUCGAUUCUGGGGUUGGUCCGAAAAUAAGCGGGAGGAAGAGAUGGACUUCCAGGAGCUCAGCCAGCGUGCCCGUGAAGGAAAGCCACUUUAUGGCGAGUCUCACCAACCUGGCUGGAUUCAGGAAAUGGCUGCCCGAAACUCCACGUUCUCGCAGCUGAAGCUUUCUGCUAUCCCUAUGUUCAACCUCGUUAACCACCCCUACCACGGUACUGACCCUGCCAAAUACGGAGUCCAGCCCAAGUCGGAGGAAUCUUCAUAGACAUACCAUAUAUUUCGGAGAGACCAGGGGAUUACCACACGACAUUACACCCGACGAGGCUUACGCUAGGUUGCAAUCAACUAUUCGUCGUGCGGCAUUGGUCUCAGAUGUCCCUCAAGUAUAUCCUGCCGAGGCCAGCGCAUUGAGCCAUGUUGGUGAUCAAAUCCAGUUUUCAUAAUUCUAUUGCCAAAAUCCAAAUCACUCCGCCCUCGAAUUGGCGUUUA